UUUAGGGUUUUUGCGGGGGAAUCGAUGAAGAGGAAGAAGAUCCGGAGUGGAUGGCAGAAGGUCGUGAUCCAGGCGGCAUUGAGAUGGUUGUGUCCAGCUCUCGCAAUGGCGGCGCUUCUCGUCCUCAUCGCGGAACUGCGAGUUUGGCCGGAUGAGAGCGGCGUCCGAGGGGAGAAGGCCCGGAUCAAAGUGGAGAAUGCGAAUCCAGAGAUUACUGCGACAGGGAGGAAGGAAUCGAAUCUCGGUAGCCUGGCAAUGCCGAUGAGGAGAGCGAAAGGACACAGUGAACCAUGUUUGAAGCUCCCAAGCGAUGAGGUGAUUGAAAAGCUUGAAUUCCCAUCGAGACUUCCUAGUCCGCUGGGAGAUCUUCGCUUUGCCAAGCAGUCGGGAAGUGGUGUGGAAGCAAACACGAACAGAUUUGUGGGAUCUCAGACCAUGGCUGAGAGAAAUAGCUCGUUCCAGAUUCGCGAGAAUAUGGAGGUGCAUUGUGGUUUCUACGGUGAAGACCCUGGUUUUGACAUUGACGAAGUCGACACAGCUUUUCUAAAAACUUGCAAGGCUGUUGUGACGACUUGCAACUUCGGCGGAGGAGAUGAUAUCUAUCAGCCGAUUGGCAUGUCAGAUGCUUCUCUAGCAAAGGUGUGUUAUGUUGCGUUUUGGGACGAGGUGACCCUUUCGCAAAUGCCAGAGGAUAAAAGACCAUCUCCCGACACUCGCAUGGCUGGUUUGUGGAGAGUAGUCGUCGUUCGAAACCUUCCUUUCAACGACCAGCGUCGAAACGGGAAAAUUCCAAAGUUGCUGGGACACAGACUAUUUCCAAACGUAAGAUACUCAAUCUGGGUGGACUCCAAGUACCAGUUCCGUCGUGAUCCCAUGGCAGUUUUCCAUGCCCUGCUGUGGAGUCCCCAGGCAGCGCUGGGUAUUUCAGAGCACGGAGCUCGACGGUGCGUUUAUCGUGAAGGCAAAGCCGUGGUGGCCAAGAACAAAGCUUUGCCAGCCGAGGUGGACUUGCAACUCAGCCAGUACCAGGCGGAAGGAUUUCCAGAAAACGCAACUUUCAAUGGGCACAAAGCAUUGGCUGAAGCAUCAGUGAUUGUAAGAGAACACACUCCAGUGACCAACCUGUUUAUGUGCCUGUGGUUUAACGAGGUGGUCCGCUACACUGCGAGGGACCAGCUGAGCUUUCCUUACGUUCUCCGACGCUUUGGGCUGCUCCAGCUCAACAUGUUCCCCGUUUGCACACGCAAAGCGCUUGUGAAUAGCAUCGGCCACAGACAAAAGGCAAAACCACUCGAGAGAAUUCCCACCGAGUAGGCAAUCAGUCACAUUUUUUUCUCGGUUCCGAAAGACGACGCCGUCUAGCAGCUGGAUUUUGCGCGUACGACCCGAACGACCGCAUUCACGGCACCUUGACACGGUCCUCGAGCUCAACUCAACUUCCGGGUAUAAAAACCGAAGCAGGCUUUUCCCGGAGAUCAUCGCCACCACCACCACCACCGUCAACUUUAGCUCGAUCGCCAUGGGUGUUCCCGAGGAUCAACGAAAAGCCGCCGAAGUUUACACUGGCCAGGCCGUCUUCUCCAAGAAGUCCAUGGAGCUCAUGGACGAGUUUGGACUUCCAUCCGGACUGCUGCCUCUCACAGGCGUGGAAGAAUGCGGGAUCGUGAGAGCGACGGGCUUCAUCUGGAUCGUCCUCAAGAAGGAGAUGGAACACUACUUCAAGCUGGCGGGGCGCAAAGUCUCGUUUGGGACGGAGAUCACGGCCGUGGCUGCCAGCGGCCAGCUCAAGAACAUAACCGGGAUCAAGGCCCGCGAGAUGAUGCUGUGGGUGGAGGUGAAAGCCAUGGAAGUCGAGCAGCGCAAGAUCCGGUUUAGAGCUCUCGCUGGGAUCACUCGCUCGUUCCCGGUGGAUUGCUUCGCUGCGGUAUGAAGGAGAGAUCGAUUUGUUCUAUAAAUUCCACUCUUUGGAUCAAAGUUAAACGAUUAGUUCUA